AUGCCUUCCCGUAACCCCCGCACCAUCGCUCUCAUCUCCGGCGCCAACAAAGGCAUCGGUCUCGCCGUGACGAGUACCCUCGCCAGCCAGCAUGGCUACCACGUCAUCGUGGGCUCUCGAAACCUCGAAGCAGGCGAGCAAUUCGCAGCGAGCCUAAGAGCAGCCGGUCAUGGCGCCUCAAGCGUCCAACUUGAUCUCAACUCCGAGUCUUCAAUCAAUGCUACCAUCCAGACAAUCAACCAAGAGUUCGGAUACCUCGACGUCCUGGUGAAUAACGCCGCCAUCUUCCAUGAUGUGAUUCCCUGGAUAGACAGGCCGACUUUGGGUGCUUUCGAGCUCUUCAGCACCACAUUCGCGACGAAUGUCGUCGGCACGGCUGUCUUGACCGACGGACUCUUGUCUCUGCUGCAAAAGGCCCAGGCGAAGCCCGCGCGCAUAGUCUUCGUCUCGGGCAGACUGGGGAGUUUAACUUACGCGUUUGAGGAUAAGAAGAGAUUUCCGGAUUGGAAAGCGUACAGCGCGAGUAAGGCUGCUGUGAAUAUGCUGACAAUCAAAUACGCCGAACUCCUGGAAGAUGAGGGGAUGAAGGUCAAUGUUUGGAUCCCGGCCUUGUGGACACAGAUCUGUCCGGAUAAUGCGGAGGGAUCUGUUCUACCAGAGGUCGGUGCCAUAGGAAUUGUGCGGAUGGCAACUCUGGAGGAGGAUGGACCGAUUGGGACGUUCAGUGACCGCAAUGGGCCGCUCGCAUGGUAA